AAAAGCUUCGACCUGUUGCUCGCCAUCUCAUGCUAUAAAGCCAGCCACUCCAAUCUCAGCCGCUACAUUUUGCCCGUAGCCCUCAGCUCGACUUCUUGUAUACUCAAGGACAAACACCCGCUGCUUCGCAAUGUCUCUCCAACGCCAAGUCCACGCCAAGAUCUUGGCGAAGCGUGACCCACAGCAGGAAGCCGAAGCCAAGGAAUGGAUCGAAUCCGUGCUCGGCAAGAAAUUCCCCGCUGGAGUUGCCUUUGAAGACCAUCUCAAGGACGGUAUUGUUCUUUGCGAGCUGAUGAACGCUAUCCAACCUGGUUCUAUCAACAAGAUUAACACUUCCGGUGGAGAUUUCAAGAUGAUGGAGAACAUCAACAAAUUCCAGCAGGCAGCCAAGAACUACGGUUGCGCCGACGUCGAUGUCUUCCAGACCGUCGACUUGUGGGAGAAGAAAGACAUUGCGCAAGUCGUCACGACCCUGUUCGCUCUUGGUCGCGAGACCUACAGACACUCCGAGUACAAGGGACCUCACUUAGGCCCCAAACCCGCCGACGAGUGCAAGCGUGACUUCACAGAAGAGCAACUAAAAGCCGGCCAAACAGUGAUUGGUCUUCAGGCUGGUUCCAAUAAGGGAGCCACUCAGGCUGGCCAGAACAUCGGUGCUUCCCGCAAAAUUCUCCUCGGAAAGUAAACACCGUUGACCUGUCUUCGAUAUUUCCUGCAAUAUCUCUACGACGCUUCACAUUGAUAGCCCAAAAACCCAUUCGAUUUUCGAUAUCACUAUGACUUUUUAUUUUUUAUGUACAUAUACCAAUUACGCAUUAUAUAUAAUUAAUUAUAUAUAACUCUAAACGA